AUGCAACAGGACAGUAGGCACGACCCAACCGUUGGGCACAGUUGCAGUCAUCACGAAUUAGGGAAACCAGUUAAGCCGAGAUACAAUACCGGCCUCGACAGUCAUAGCCUAGCAUCUGUUAACCCUCCAGACUAUGGCACCAAAUAUGGUUAUUAUGCCUCUGAGACUGCAGACGAGUCUGUGCGCAAACGCUACUUGGACGCCAGCCUGCACUCAGGUGUUUUGUAG